AUGGACACCGACAGCGAGUGGGCCAGUGAGCCUAUUGCCGUCAUUGGCAUGGGCUGCAAAUUCGCUGGGGGCUCAAGCAACCCCGACAAGCUGUGGGACCUCAUGGCUUCUGGCCAGACGGGUUGGAGUGCGAUCCCAGAAGACCGGCGGGACCUCCGUGGAGUUUAUCAUCCGAAUCAUGAAAGAACCAACACAUCCCAUGUCAAAGGUGGUCACUUUCUUGACGAGGAUGUGGCAGCUUUUGAUGCGGCCUUCUUCAACUACUCGGCCGAGAUGGCCCAAACAGUCGACCCGCAAUUCCGACUGCAGCUCGAGUCUACGUAUGAAGCACUUGAAAACGCCGGCCUGCCACUGUCAGAGGUGAUGGGUUCUCAAACGUCCGUCUUUGCGGGUGUUUUUACGCAUGACUACCAGGAAGGGAUCAUCCGGGACGAAGACAGGCUGCCGCGGUUCAAUGUUGUGGGCACAUGGGAUCCCAUGUCAUCGAACCGCACCUCGCACUUUUUUGACUUUCGCGGAGCCAGCAUGACGCUUGAAACGGGAUGUUCGACAACGCUGGUGGCUCUGCAUCAAGCAGUGCAUAGUUUGCGCAGUCGGGAGGCCGGCAUGUCCGUAGUGACGGGAGCCAACGUGAUGCUGAACCCGGACACAUUCAAGGUGAUUGGGUCGCUGGGGAUGUUGUCGCCGGACGGUCGCUGUUUCGCUUUUGACGCGCGAGCCAAUGGCUACGGCCGUGGCGAAGGUGUGGCCACCAUCGUGAUCAAGCGGCUGUCAGACGCGCUGGCCAACAACGAUCCCAUCCGGGCCGUGAUUCGCGAGACAGCCCUAAACCAAGACGGCAAGACAGACACGAUCACGACGCCAUCGAGCACGGCCCAUAUCGAGCUGAUGCGGGAAUGCUACCUCCGGGCAGGACUGGAUCCACGGGGCACGCAAUACUUUGAGGCCCAUGGCACGGGAACACCGGCCGGCGACCCGAUCGAAGCGGGAGCCAUGGCGGCCGUUUUCAGCCAAGGCCCAGGCCGUGAAAUCGAAGAACACUAUAUGCGCAUCGGCUCGGUCAAGACCAACAUUGGCCAUACCGAGGCAGCCUCAGGUGUGGCGGCUAUCGUCAAAGGUGUCCUGUGUCUGGAAAAGGGCCUCAUUCCGCCUACUGUGAACUACGAGAGGCCCAACCCGAAACUCAAGCUGGACGAGUGGCAUCUCAAGGUGGUCCGAGAAGUGGAGCAGUGGCCGGAAAGUCUCGUCGAUGGUCCACGCCGCAUGUCCAUCAACAACUUUGGCUACGGCGGAGCAAACGCUCAUGUCAUUCUGGAGAAUGCGGAUCCUUGGACGCAAAGUCUGUUGGAUCUGCCCGUCAACGGAAAUGGACAUACGAAUGGUACUGGAAAUGGGUAUUCGACCAACGAUGACGCCAAAGUGUUGGUCUUCAGCGCAUGCGACGAGAGAGGCUGCCAGAAGAUGGUGGAAAACGUCAAGGCGUAUUUGGAAAGCCGCAGUUCACUCGAAUACAAGGAGGCCCAACAGCUGCUGCGCAAUCUCAGCUACAUAUUGGGCGAACGUCGGGCGCUCUUUUCUUGGGUGGCAGCUCACCAGAUUCGUCUCGACAGAGACGGUCGAGGCAGCAGCAGCCUAAAAGCCGUCAUCCAGGCCUUGGAUGCUCCCAACUUCAAACCAAUCCGCCGCGCCACCGACUCUCCUCCUCGCAUUGGCAUGCUUUUCACCGGCCAGGGCGCCCAGUGGCAUGCGAUGGGCCGUGAGCUUCUGACAUCGUAUCCCGUCUUCCGCCAAUCGAUUGACGAAGCCGAGGCGCAUCUGCGCGAUCUCGGUGCGGACUGGUCGCUCUUGGAAGAGCUGCAGAGAGACAAGGCGGUGACAAAGGUGCACUCGACCAAGAUCGGCAUUCCGAUCUGCGUGGCACUCCAGAUUGCCUUGGUGUGUCUGCUCGAAUCGUGGGGCAUCAAGCCGGCUGCAGUUGCGAGCCAUUCCUCGGGCGAGAUCUCAGCAGCCUUUGCUGUAGGUGCUCUGACACAUCGUCAGGCCAUAGCCACAGCCUACUACCGCGCCAUUCUCGUCGCAGCAGCGGACGAAAAGGAAGAAAAGGAAGACAGACAGACAAAGAUACCCGGAGCCAUGGCAGCAGUCGGUCUCGGCGUGGAAGCAGUACAGCUAUACAUUGACCAGCUCGCCAAGACCGACGGCAAAGCUGUGGUUGGCUGCAUCAACAGUCCGGAGAGCGUGACCAUCUCGGGCGACAGGGAUGCGGUGCAGAAGAUUGAAGACCUGUGCAAGCAAGACGGCGUGUUCGCCCGGCGUCUCCGUGUCCAGCAGGACUACCACUCGCACCACAUGGACCCUUUUGCAGAAGACUACCGCGAGCGUCUUCGUCUGGAAAUGGCACGUGACGGGCAAAAGAAACAACGGCAGGGGAUGGAUCAAAAACAAAGCCUCAAGGCCAUCUUUUCGUCCGCCGUCACUGGUGGCCGCAUGACCAACAUCAAAGACAUUGCCAGCCCUGACCAUUGGGUCGGCAGUCUGGUGCAGCCAGUCGAGUUUGUGGAUGCCUUUACCGACAUGGUCCUCGGUGAUCUGGACGAGUCGACAGGUCGCAGUGUCGACGUCCUGCUAGAGGUUGGCCCACACACGGCGCUCGGUGGCCCGAUCCGUGAGAUCCUGUCCUCGCCCGCGUUGGACGGCCUCGAGCUCCCGUACUGGGGCAGUCUUGUUCGUGACGAGCAUGCCGGCGACAGCAUGCGAGCAGCUGUCACCCAUCUGUUCGAGGCCGGCCUGCCCCUGUCCAUGAGCGCGAUCAACUUUCCCGAGCUCGCCCACGACGAGGACGAGGACGAGAGAGGCCUGCAGGUCUUGACAGACUUACCAUCCUAUCCGUGGAACCACAGCAGGCGCCACUGGCAAGAGUCGCGCAUCAACCAUGCCAUCAAUCGGCGCAGUCAGCCACCACACGAGCUGCUCGGAAUGCGUGUUGCCGGCACAGAUCCCCGGACGGCCGUUUGGCGUCGUGUGCUGCGUGUCAGCCAGACGCCUUGGGUGUGCGACCACGUGGUCCAGGGCAGCAUUCUCUUUCCCGGCUCGGGCUAUGUCUGUCUUGCCAUCGAGGCAGCUCGACAGCUGCAGCAGGAGAAAUCCGAGGCAGUUUCGGGUGUCCGUCUGCGCGACGUCCACUUCCUUCUCGGCCUUGUUGUCCCAGACAACGCUGAUGGCGUCGAGAUCCACACCACACUGACACCGGUCUCCGAUCAAGACCAGGCUUGGCAGCGCUUUGAAGUUUCUUCGGUCACUCUGGACAAUCGCUGGACUUUGCAUGCUAAGGGCUUAGUCAGAGCUGACAAAGAAGGGGCAGUCGAUGAUCCAGCACCACCACAUCCCCUCUCUACCUACACACGCAGUCCCGAUCCCCAGGACUUGUUCGCCAACCUCUGGGAUGGCCGAAAGCCGCGAUCCGUAUGUGAAAUCACCGUCCGCCACGAAACCUCGACCGAUGCCGACCCUGUCGAGGCGGCAGAGACUACGCUGCUGCAUCCCAUCACGCUUGACGCUGCCAUUGUUUCGUUUUAUUCUGCCUUGCCUAGCGUAGGGGCUCUGCAACAAGACCCAAAGCUGCCGAAGUCGGUCAAGUCCAUGUGGGUGUCCAGCAGCAUCAGCCGCGAGAUGGGCAGCACGUUACGCUGUGACACGACGCUAUUGCAUGACGAUGCCCAGAGAGGGACUGCCGACAUAACCGUCUAUGAAGAUCAGACGGACAACGCGGUGCUCACAAUCCAGGGAAUCGAGAUGGCGUCGCUGGGUCGCGGAAGUGGAGCCAUGGCACAGAAGACUUCCGACAGCCAAUGGCGAUGGGAGCAGGAGCUAUGCAGCAAGCUUGUGUGGGGACCGGAUCUGUCGCUGCGCAGACCGCUGGCUCUGGCGCAGCUGAAGCAGCAGUUUACUCCGGUAGAGUUGGACGUGGAUCGGACCAGAGACCUGGAGCGCCUUUGUGUGUACUUUGCUCGUGAAACACUGCAGACGCUUACGCAAGAUGACGUCGCCAAGCUGCAGCAGCAGCAAGAUUCACACCUUGCCCGAUAUUACACCUGGCUGCGCGAGUUGGCUGCCGAAAAAGGCGACAGCAGCAGCCCGACCAGCUCUGACGAGAUUCAACGGCUGGUGGCCUCCUUGCAGAGCAAAGGCAUCGAUGGGCAGCUGAUCUGCCACCUCGGACCGCUUCUCCCUUCUAUUCUCCGCAACGAGGUCAGUCUGGACGAGGCCGUUGGGCCCUUUUUGGCUGAGUACAACGCGAACUCGAUCCGUCGGCUGCCGGCACUACAACAGCUUUCAGCUCUCCUGCGCAAGAUCAUGCACAAGAACCCAAGUGCUCGUGUUCUCCAGAUUCGAUCUGGAUCUGGCUGGCAUGUCACAGAGUCCCCGCUAGCGGCUCUGCUAGCCGAAAGGGCGGAUCUUCUCACGUUUGACGAGCUCGAUAUCAGCCAGAACCAGAACCUCUCCAAGACGACAUUGGCCCCGGAAAGCUACGAUGUCAUAAUCGGCUUUCAAGCACUGCACAACAAGGACGCAGGCAAUACAACCCGGGUCCUUGCCAAUGUGCGCAGUCUUUUGAAGCCGGGCGGCACACUUCUUUUGGCAGAGACGACUGGGGUUCAGGUCGAUGUCGACUUUGUCUUUGGUUUGGUCCCAGACUGGUGGCAAGAAAAAGGCACCGACGCCGAAAUUGAAGCCGCUGUCGUCUGGGACCGCGUGCUUCGAGAUGCCGGUCUAAGUGGCGCGGAUCUUGUUCUUCAGGACGUCCAGAGUGACCAGAUCCACAGUCACGGCAACAUCAUCAUGUCCACACGCGCGCCGGCACAAGAAGUCGGAUUCGCAAAGACGACCAGCUUUGUCGUGGCUGCCGCUGGCACGGACGCUGAGAUCGAGCAUGCUGUUCUGGGGGAGGCCAACUUGGACACGUUCAGGAGCAAAAUUCGCGUGUUCCUUGGCGAGAUGGAUGAGCCCAUUCUGGCUGAUGUCGACGCCGUACUCAUGGAAGGCCUUCGUGCCAUGGUCACCCAGUGCAGCGGUCUGCUCUGGAUCACAACCGGCGCCACCGCAGAGAAAGCAGUGCCGGAACGGGCUCUUCAUCAUGGUUUCCUGCGCGUGCUGCGCAACGAGUACAUUGGCCGUCCAUUUCUCUCUCUAGACCUCGACCCGGCCAAGCGGUCCUCUUCAGACGAACAUGACAGCAUUUCCGCAACCAUUGUAGAGGUGCUCGAGCAGGCUUUCGGUACUGUUACCGAAGAGGUCAAAAUUGAGGCUGGUCCUGCGGAAUUGGAGUAUGCUGAACGUGACGGCCUUCUCCUUGUUCCUCGGUACUACAAAGAUGGUCACUACAACGACAUGGUUGUCGGCCCUCUGGUGCACAGCUGGGGUCAUGGAGCCGAGAACGAUGAGACAGUUUCCAGCAUUCCUCUGGAAAGCUUCUUCCAGGACCGGUCUCUGCGACUGCAAGCAGGCAUCCCUGGACACCUCGACACGUUGGCUUUUGUUGACGAUGCAAAGAACAAGGAUCUGCCGUCGCAUCUCGUCAAAAUCUCUCCCCGAUCGUACGGCGUCUGUUCACGCGAUGUCCUGGCUGCAAUGGGCCAGCUCAAGUCUACAUCUGCUGAAAUGGGCUUUGAAUGUGCUGGCAUCAUCAUGGAUGUCGGUAGGGAAGCCCGCGAGAAUGGCUACCACGUGGGGGACCGUGUCCUAGCACUCUUGCCAGGCUCUUCUUUUGCCAGCCAGGUCCGUGUCCCGUGGCAUGGCGUUGUGCCCAUCCUGACUGGAAUGAACUGGGCCACCGCCGCAUCAGUUCCCUUGGCUUUCGCCAUCGCCUACGCUGCUCUUGUCGAUGCUGCACACCUCACCGCAAAACAGACUGUGCUCGUUCACGCUGCCGGCGGUGCUGUCGGACAGGCUGCCAUCAUGAUGGCCAGACACCUUGGCGUGGAAGACAUUUACGCCACAGUCGGCUCACCGGAGGAGCGAGCCCUUGUUCAGCAGCAGUACAGCCUCCCGGCCGAUCACGUGAUCUCCGCUCUUGACGAUUCGUUUGCCGCUUCUGUCCUGGCCGCUACUCAGGGACACGGGGUUGAUGCCGUGCUCCAUUCCAACCCCUACUCUCUACAGGCCAGUCUGGACGUCCUCGCACCCUUGGGCUGUCUAGUCGAAACCGAGAAGAAUGACUCUGGUAGCAACAGCCCGGUGCCGCUGGAGUCCUUCUCUCGCGGCAUCUCCUUUGUGUCUCUGGAUAUGUCCACUGUCCUACGUCGUCGUGGACCCGACAUCCAUCGCGCUCUUUCGGAUGUGGUCCGUCUGUUUGAGAACCAUGCCUUGAAGCCAGUCCAUCCCGUCACUGUCUAUCCUAUGAGCAAAAUUGAGGAAGCUUUCCGGACCAUGCAAACCGGCAAGCAGAUGGGCAAGGUUGUACUCUCUGCAGAGCCCGACGAACAGGCCUUUGUGGUUCCUCGCCCGCACGGAGUAACGCCUCGCACGAAGCUUCGUCCAGACGCCUCGUACCUCGUCGUGGGCGGCGUGGGUGGCAUCGGACGUUCCGUUGCCCACUGGCUGGUGGCCCAUGGUGCAAAAUACUUGCUCCUUUUGUCUCGCAGUGCCAGUGCGCUCGACCUCGAGAAGAACAGGGAGACAAGCGGUGCGCGCUUCAUUCGCGAGCUGCGCGGGCUCGGCUGCCAUGUCAAAACCAUCAGCUGCGAUGUUGCCCUCGCCAGCUCGCUCACCAAAGCCAUCAAGACGUGCCAAGAGGAAGACGGCUUCCCUCCCGUCCGUGGUGUUGUCCAGGGCGCCAUGCUGCUGCGUGACGCCGUCUUUGAGCAGAUGACCCUCGCCGACUGGACAGAUGGCCUCCGGCCGAAGCUGUAUGGCACGUGGAACUUGCAUACCGAGUUUGCGCAGCCCGACGCCCUCGACUUUUUCGUCAUGCUGUCGUCUGUGUCUGGUGUCGUCGGCAUCGCAUCACAGACCAACUAUGCGGCCGGAGGAACCUAUGAAGAUGCCAUGGCCAGCUGGCGACAGUCGCACGGCCUACCUGCUGUCGCUAUUGAUCUCGGUCCCAUCUCUGACAUUGGCUUCGUUUCCACCUCGGUCAAAGUGGCAGAUCGUCUGCGCAAAGACGGUGAUUUCGCCAUGCUCGACGAGGAUAUUGUCCUGCGUGCCCUCCACGCUGCCAUCCAAAAUCCGUUUGGUCCUCGCUCCCAGAUCAUUGCAGGCCUCAACGGCUCCCCCGGCCCGUACAAGGCCGCUGCGCAACCGGUCGACGGCAAUGAAUCCCGGGCCUCACUCGCUGCGCAGCUCGCUGCGGCCAGCGACCGUGAAGAAGGGGCCAGACUUGUGGCCGCAGCUGUGGCUGCCAAGCUCGCAGACAUCUUUUUGACGCCCGUCGAGGAAAUCGAUCUCGGCAAGCCUCCGUCGCAUUUUGGCGUCGACUCGCUCGCGGCGAUCGAGGUGCGGAACAUGCUGGUUUUGCAGGCCGCGGCAGAUAUCUCCAUCUUCAACAUCUUGCAGACAGGAAGCAUCGUCGAGCUGGCAGAUUUGGUGGCGGAGAAGAGCCGUCGUUUCGCAGAUGCGUAG